ACUGCACCGGCGGUCGACGAGCGCCAUUUUGACUUGUCUGACAGUCCAGGGUCUAUGAUGUUCUGCCUUAAAGGCCUGCAUCGAAGAUUUAUUUCUGGGUCUGACAUUUCACUAUUAUUUGUCUCUGAGCUAAGCCACUCCGGGAAAGGCUUGAUAUCUGCAAAUCCGUCGCCGUGAAAAACGAUUUGAAAGUAUUGCCGCUGGCAUUAUAAGGCGCGCCUUGGUACAAUUCUCUGGUAUUCCGUUACAGCGGGAAAAAUGUCUGCUAGUCCAGAGGAUACUACGAUGAACGAGGAGGAAAAUUAUGACCACGGAGAAGAUCUGCUUCUUGGUGGAGCAAAGAAACUGGUAGUACUGCCGGGCGCAUCUUCGCAUGCGGCAUCAUUCCAGAUCGAGAAAGAAGACCACACGCUCGGGAACGCGCUACGGUAUUUUGUCACCAAAAAUCCGGACGUUGAAUUCUGUGGAUACACCAUCCCUCAUCCCUCGGAAACCAAGAUGCACCUCCGGAUCCAAACAUGGGAAGAUACCAAGACAACGGCAGUGGAUGCCCUCAGAAAGGGCCUUGAGGAUAUGAUGGAAGCCUGUGACGUGGUCUCAGAAAAAUUCACCGAGGCACGAGACGAAUUCAAUGCCCGUCCCUCGUGAAGUGCAGUGGUUUUUGCAUCAAUUCUCGUUUGUAGGCUGCAUCGCGAAGGCGUUUGGGAGUCUUGCUUCUAGCUAUGUACAGACAGUGUUGGAUUCAGAUUAGACGGAUUGAAGCCAGUCAAUUCCGGCCCUGCCAAAGUGUGUUAGUCAUGGUUGUCUAGUAGUAUUGCAACAACUCGUUGCAUCCAAAUAGGCAACGCACCUCGAGGAAUCCACUGAUAAAGUUUCUCGGUAACCUGGCGUUGUCAUCUUCCUCUGCUCGGAAGUAUUUCAUAACAUGCGACUGUUGCUUCCAGAAAUUCAUCAUCUCCU